GCUGCUUCCGGAAGAAGGCGGGGGGCGGGCCCCUGCGCGCGGGGUCUCGCGAGCCCCUGGCUGAGGGGAUUGAGGGGGGCGGCGGCAGCCAUGUCGGGUCCGGCGGUGGAGCCCGCCGGGAAGCGACCGGAUUCUUUGGACCUGCUGGAACGUUGCGGCGUUUGCCGGGAGCGGUUGAAAGCCGAGCGGGAACCGCGGCUGCUGCCCUGCCUCCAUUCGCUGUGCCGGGAGUGCCUGAGGCCUGCGCCGGGCCCGGCCGCCGCCCCCGCCCCGGGUGGGCUAGUGGUCAGCUGUCCCAUCUGCAAACACCAGUGUGACCUGAAGGACGUUGUGGAGAACUACUUUCUGAAGGACAGCAAGGCUGAAGAUGCUGCUGCCAGCCAGGAAUCCAGUCAGUGCUGCACUAGCUGCGAGGACAACGCGCUGGCCACCAGCUACUGCGUGGAGUGCUCGGAGCCGCUCUGCGAGACCUGCGUGGAGGCCCACCAGAGGGUCAAGUACACUAAGGACCACACGGUCCGGGCCACAGGCAGUGUCAAGGCGAAGGAGAGGGAACGCGCCGUGUACUGCUCCGUGCACAAGCAUGAGCCGCUGGUGCUCUUCUGCAACACGUGUGACACACUCACGUGCCGGGACUGCCAGCUGAACGUGCACAAGGACCACCAGUACCAGUUCCUGGAGGACGCGGUGAGGAACCAACGCAAGACUCUGGCGACGCUGGUGAAGCGCCUGGGGGACAAACACGCCAACCUGCAGCGCUCCACCAAGGAAGUGCGCAGCUUCAUCCGGCAGAUGACGGACGUGCAGAAGAGGGUGCAGGUGGACGUGAAGAUGGCCAUCCUUCAGAUCAUGAAGGAGCUCAACAAACGGGGCAAGGUGCUGGUGAACGACGCCCAGAAGCUGACGGAGGGGCAGCAGGAGAAGCUGGAGCGGCAGCACUGGGCCAUGACCAAGCUGCAGCGGCACCAGGAGCACGUCCUGCGCUUCGCCUCCUGGGCACUGGAGAGUGACAACAGCACCGCUCUGCUGCUCUCCAAGAAGCUGAUCUCCUUCCAGCUCCACCGUGCCCUCAAGAUGAUCGUGGACCCCGUGGAGCCGCAGGGUGACAUGAAAUUCCAGUGGGACCCCAAUGCCUGGACUAAGAGUGCUGAGACCUUUGGCACCAUCAUCUCGGAGCCGAGCCUCCCGCCGCCAUCCCUGAGUCCCCAGCCGCCGGCCGCUAGCCCUCGUGGCCCCAGCCCCACCACCAGCCCCUCGCAGGGUCCCCUGCAAGCCAUGGUGGUGAGCAAAGGGCAACAUGCUCCCGGUCCCCUCCUGCUGUCCCCUCUGGGCCACCAAACCAGGACAGAGGAGGGACAGGGGACCCCUGGUGCCCCCCAGAGUGGUGGGGGGGCGCUGGGGAUGCCCACCCUGCCUCAGUUUCCCCUGGGGACUGAGGGACAGGGCUGUCCCGACCUGUCCCCCCCCCACCUUCACCCGCAGACAGCUGAGAGCCCUGGGGACACGGCUGCGGGCGCUGAGCUCGCAGCCAACGGCCCCCCUGAAGCCGCUGUCACAGGAGCGAAGAGGAAAAAGCACCUUCAUCCUCCUGGGGGGGAGGAGGAGGAGGAGGAGGAGGAGAAGUUCGUUAAGAAGCUGCUCAUUAAGCGGAGCCGCCCCCCCGGUGGCCCCGUCAGCACCCUCCUCUGCAAGGUGCCUCGGGUCAGCCUGGAGCGCUUGGACCUGGAUCUCUCGGGGGCGGCGCAGCCCCCGGUCUUCCGCGUCUUCCCCGGCACCUCGGCCGAGGACUUCAGCCUCAUCGUCAUCGAGCGGGGGGCGCAGCCGCCACCCCCCGUCCCCAUCGUCAAGGAGGAGCAGCAGGAGGCAGCCAUCGAGGACACCCAGGACACCAAACCCGUGGGGCUGAUCCCGGAGCACUCCGGGGUGCUGGGACCCAGCGGAUCCUUGGGGGGGGAUCAGGGAUCCACCCCUGUCCCCAGCGUCUCCUCUUGCCGCGUCUGCUGCCAGGCCGGGGCCGUGGUGAUGUGUGACCGUUGCGAGCGCUGCUACCACCUCGAUUGUCACCUCCCUGCCCUCCAGGAGGUCCCCAGCCCCGAGUGGCAGUGUCUGCUGUGCCAGGACCUGCCGCCCCCCAGCGACGACCUCCCCCACGGCUUCCAGGAGGGGCCGCCCCAAAAGCUCUGCCCCACGGAUCAGUGGAAAUGCGAGUACGUGCUGCUGGAGCUGCUGUGCCACGAGCCCUGCCGGCCCCUCCAUCGCCUUUCCAGUGCGCCGCAGGCGGCUCAGGACGCCAUCGACCUGACGCUGAUCCGGGCCAAGCUGCAGGAGAAGCUGGGCCCCCCCUACGCCUGCCCCGAGGAGUUCGCCCGCGACGUCUGGAGCCUCAUCCGCCAGUUCAGCUGCCUCGCGGAGGACAAGGCCGAUGUCCAGUCCAUCCUGGGCCUGCAGCGCUUCCUCGACGCCCGCCUCAGCGCCGCCUUCGGCGACCGCAAAUUCUCCUCCUCCUGCCUCCUCCCGCCCGCCAUCCCCCUGGACGAGGCUGAAGGCUUCCCCUUGCCGCCAUGAUCUGUGUGUGUCCCCCCCGCCCCGAUGGGGGGCAGCGGGGACCCCUAGGAGGGACGUGGGGUUGUCCCCAUCCACCCCCGUCUGCAUCGAUUGGAGAAAUAAAGCCAUUGUCUCAACUUCC